AUGGAGAUUCUCUACAUUCUUUCUCUAAUACUACUACUCUUCACAGAGGGAUUUAUUAUGGUUGCCUUUUCUGAUGAUCAAUUAGCUCUGUUAGAUUUCAAGAAUCAGAUAACCAACAGAGACACUGUGCUGGCUAAUAACUGGACUACCAAUACUUCUUUCUGCAGCUGGGUAGGAAUCACCUGCAGCGCACCACACAGACGAAGUGUGAUCGUAUCCCUCAACCUCUCCACCAUGAAUCUUCAUGGCAAAAUAUCUCCGUCAAUAGCAAACCUAUCUUCUCUCAUGACACUUGAUCUUGGCAACAAUCAACUCACAGGUUCGAUCCCGCCGUCCAUUUUCGACAUACCGUCUUUACGUAGAUUACGUCUCUCGAACAAUAGCUUAUCUGGUUCGUUCUUCUUGCUCAACAACAAUGGAGAUGGUAGUAGUAAUAGUAGUUUUCUGAACACGAUCGAUCUCUCUUCGAAUAAACUCACCGGGGGAUUCCCUUCCGGCUUAUGCCGCUUCACGGAGCUGACGUCGUUAGACCUCUCUCACAACAACCUGACCGGACGUAUUCCUCGAAACAUCGGCUGUUUGUCGAGGCUCGAGCGCUUGUACAUGACGGAAAACGGCAUGACCGGCACAAUUCCUCCGUCGCUCGGAAAUAUUUCCAGUCUGCGUUUUCUGGGAUGCGUGGGGAACAAUUUAGGAGGAAAGAUUCCUCAUGAACUGGGGAAACUGUCGAACUUGCAGAUGUUGGGAUUCGAUUUCAACAAACUCACCGGCGAAAUCCCUCCGGCGGUCUUCAACUUGUCGUCUUUGGUGUACAUUGCUUUCACCGACAACAGACUAUCGGGGAAUAUUCCUGCGGAUCUCGGCCUGAACCUCCCGAAUCUCGAAGGGAUUUACCUCGCAGACAAUCAGCUACAGGGAGAAAUACCAAGAGCCAUUACUAAUGCUUCUAAGCUCAAGGAGAUCGAAUUAUCACACAACUCGUUUGUCGGAAGCGUGCCUAAUGAUUUCGGUAAUCUCAGAGAACUCGUUUUCUUGAAUCUUGCAGCUAAUCAUCUGACAACACGAAAUCAAGAACUCGGGUUCCUUAAUUCUCUGUCAGAAUGCAGAAUGCUUCAGUUUCUUAUCGUAGGUAAUAACCCUCUCGACGGAAUAUUCCCUCCCGAUUCCGUUCAGAACCUCUCGAGCUCUAUCGAGAUGUUUAAUGUCGAGAACGCCCUUGUGUACGGAGAAAUCCCGCCAGGAAUCAGGAACAUGAGCAGCAUGCUGUCAUUGGUCUUGAAUGGGAACAAUUUGACAGGAAAUAUACCUUCAGAGAUUGGCUAUCUGAAUAAGCUUCAGAGGCUAUAUCUGAGUAAAAACAUGCUACAAGGGAAUAUACCGGUCGAGUUAUGCAACCUAGUUAACCUAGGUGAGAUAAUUCUCUUCGAAAACAAACUCUCGGGUUCCAUACCGAGCUGUAUAGGGAAUCUUGUAAGAGUGCAAAGACUCAUGUUGGGUUACAAUAUGUUGACUUCUGGCCUACCUUUGGGACUGUGGGGAAUCAAGAAUCUGUUGUUUCUGAAUUUGUCCAACAAUUUGAUUCAAGGAGGGAUUUCUUCGGAGAUUGGAAUCCUCCGGAACAUUCAAGGGAUAGAUAUAUCGAGUAACCGUUUGUCGGGUGUUGUUCCGAGUUCGUUAGGCGAACUCCAAAACUUGAGAUAUCUUUCCCUCUCGAACAACUCAAUGGAGGGUUCUAUUCCAACUACAUUCGGCAAUUUGAUAAGUUUGGAAUUCUUGGACUUGUCCUCGAAUAAUUUAUCGGGCACAAUACCCUCGUCCUUGGAGAAACUAUUGCAACUUAGAGAAAUCAACUUGUCGUACAACCAGCUACACGGCGAAAUACCUAAAAACGGCAUUUUUUCGAAUUCUUCUCCCGAAUCUUUUAUCGGGAACAAAGAUUUAUGCGUGGUGCCGCCCUGUUCUGCUACCACAAAUAAUAAUAAGGGUUCACUCAAUAUUCUCAAGAUUAUCAUUCCAUUGACGGCCUCGGUUGCAUUUGUAAUAAUUAUCUCGUUGUUGUCAAUCUGGAUGCUGCUGCGUAGGCGUAGAAGGGUGAAAUUGGAAAAUCCCGAGCCAACGUUUCGAAUUGCGGCUUGGAAAAAGAUAUCCUACCGCGAGAUUCUGCGAGCCACGGAUGGCUUUAGCGAAGCCAAUCUACUCGGAGUGGGGGGUUCCGGUUCCGUAUUCAUGGGAACUUUGUCCGAUUCGACAAAGGUUGCAAUAAAAGUUCUCGACUUCAAGGACAACAAAGAAGCGCAGAAGAAGAGAUUCGACGCGGAAUGCGAAGCGUUGAAACAGUUGAGGCAUAGGAAUCUUGUUACGGUGAUCACAUGCUGCUCUAACAAUGACUCCAUCAGAGCCAUUGUUCUCGCAUACAUGUGUAACGGAAGUCUCGAGAGUUGGUUGUACAGUAGACAGGAUUAUGUUGUCAUGGAUCUCAAACGAAGGAUAGAUGUUAUGAUUGAUGUGGCAAUGGCGGUCGAAUAUCUUCACCACGGAUGUGAGUUUCCGGUGGUUCAUUGUGAUCUGAAGCCUGGUAACGUUCUACUCGAUGCUGACAUGGUCGCUUGUGUCAGCGAUUUCGGCAUUUCGAAGAUAUUAGCGGAAAAUAAGUCGGAUGCGAAAACGAAAACUCUCGGAACUAUCGGCUACAUUGCUCCAGAGUACGGUUCGGAUGGCACGGUAUCCACAAAAGGGGAUGUUUACAGUUACGGAAUUAUGUUGAUGGAAGUACUGACACGGCGAAAGCCAACGGACGAAUUAUUCGGAGAAAAUCGAAGCCUGAGGCACUGGGUGAAAGCAGCUUAUAAUACCAACUCUUUGAUAGAGGUUAUUGAUGCCAAUCUUUUUCAGGAGGAGGAAAAUGGAUUAUUAUUAUUAAAAAUAAACAGUCACCAUAAUAUUAUUACAUGCUUAUCCUCUGUGAUAGAAUUAUCCCUUGAUUGCUCAAAGAAAGCACCUCAAGACAGGAUUAACAUGAAGGAUGCUGUGGUCAGGCUUAUCAAGAUCAAACAGAGGUUCUUGCAAACAAAGGGAUAUCAUGCAUGCUAG